AUGCCUGCGCGAGUAUCGCCGGAUGAAGUAGCAUCAGCACUUCUUGCCGAGAAAGGACUACAAUUUCAAUUCCUACAAACCAUUCAAUCGUUAUGGGCCGGUUAUGGCGAGAUCUGUCGCGUCUUCGCUAAUCCAAUCGGUUCGCGAAAUUCGACGAAAUCUUACAUACUGAAGCUCGUCAACCCCCCGCCGACAAGGGCAGACGACGAAGGCCAUACUCGGAAAGUCUUGAGUUACCAAGUUGAGCAAUAUUUCUAUAGCCACCUCGCCCCCCAACUGCCAGCAACUUUACCAGUUGCCGAAUGCCUCGCUAGCAUUAACAAGCACAAUGCGGAUGGCACCUCAAUAACCGCGAUGUUGUUGAGCGAUCUUCGACAUCAAUACCCUGCAGCUGGAGAGAAGCGCAACGUGCUUACAACGACACAAGCUCAUGCUGCGUUGGACUGGCUCUCUGGGUUUCACGGCUUUUGGUGGCCUCGCAUCAAGUCUUUGGACUCAUCUUCGCUCGUACUGCCACCACUUCAGGAAGUGCAGCUCGACGGACAGGAUGCGUUCAACAAAUCGGUUUGGCUCAACGGCGGAUAUACCUACCUUGCAACGCGGCGUAAGGAGUAUAAUACUUUGGUGACAGAUUACGAUGCUGAGUGGAAUGAACCACUCACUGAAUGGGUUGAUGGCGAGGAGGUCUCCAUAUCCGAGAUGGCGGCUGCAUUUCUUUCCCCGAAGACUUCUGGUUGGACUCCAAUUGAAGGUUAUCAAACUCUUAUACAUGGUGACGUGAAGUCUGAAAACAUGUUCACCAGCAGCUCCGGGGAAGAGGUUGCGUUUUACGAUUUCCAAUAUGUUGGACUUGGUCUCGGGGUCUGCGAUCUGGCCAAGUUCUUCACAUGCUCCGUUCCACUAAGCAUGCUUGUUGCUGGCCGGCAUGUCCCACGAGAGCUACCCAUGCAGGAAGGCGAAAAGCAGUUGUUGCAACGAUACUGGAAGAGACUAAGAGAGGUUGGCAAACAAGAGUAUAGUUGGUCCAUCUUCGUGCGACACUGGGAGACGGCCCUCGUGGACUGGCUUCGCUUCCAGGCCAGCUGGGGCUUCUGGGGAAACACUGAAUGGUUGGAGGCUAGAGUCCGGAGUAUAUUGCAAGACCAGGAAUGGAGGGAUGCGUUGACCAGUAACGUGGAUAAGACGAAUAUCCGCAAGCAAGACGAACGUCUCGGGUGA